GGUUUGAGCUCAACGCCGCCGGAGCUGGGGGCGCAACAGCGCAGUGACAAGCCAUCUGUAAGCCACAGGAAGAAGGAAAACCACCUUCGGCUCUUUUAUUUUACCUUUAAUUAUUUUACAAUGCAUAAUAAACUGAAAGCAGCCUCUAAAUGAAACAAUAAAACCGAAUUUAAAGUUUAAAUCAAUGGUACAGGAGGGUAUUAUGUCCAGGACGCCUUCCACCUCAACCCAGGAAAUCCAAAUGGACAUGUUUGACCACCACGGCUCUCACGCUCAGGGGAAGUAUGCAAAGAGGAAGAGCCGUUUCAAACGUUCAGAUGGCAGCACCUCCUCAGACACAACCUCUAACAGCUUCGUCCGACAGGGCUCAGCAGACUCCUACACCAGUCGUCCUUCAGACUCUGACGUGUCUCUGGAGGAGGACCCUGAGGCUCUCAGGAAAGAAGCCGAUAGACAAGCUCUCGCCACCCUAGAGAAGGCUAAGACCAAGCCUGUAGCGUUUGCUGUGAGGACUAACGUUGGCUAUAACCCAGGACCUAAUGAUGAUGUGCCAGUUCAGGGCAUGGCUAUCUCUUUCGAACCCAAAGACUUCCUGCACAUCAAAGAGAAGUAUAAUAAUGAUUGGUGGAUUGGGCGUUUGGUGAAGGAAGGGUGUGAGGUGGGGUUUAUCCCCAGUCCAGUGAAGCUUGAGAGCACCCGUCAAUUACAAGAACAGAGAAUGAGACAGAACCGCCUUAGCUCCAGUAAGUCCGGUGGAAGCUCUAGUCUGGAUGUUGCCACUGGUGCCCGGAGGCCCACUCCACCUGGAACAGCUGACUUGUCCUCUGGGCUUUAUGACGAUUCGGAUUCAGAAGUUGAGGAGGUGGAGCCUGCCAACACCCGUGACCAAAAGGGUGUGGGCGGAAGUGUCACCUCCCCUCAAGGCAACCUACCCCGCCUCCCCUUCUUUAAGAAGAUGGAACAUGUUCCUCCUUAUGAUGUGGUGCCUUCCAUGAGACCCAUUAUUUUGGUGGGACCAUCCCUUAAAGGCUACGAGGUGACAGAUAUGAUGCAGAAAGCUCUCUUUGAUUUUCUAAAACACAAAUUCGAGGGCAGAAUAUCCAUCACCAGGGUGACAGCAGACAUCUCACUUGCCAAACGUUCCGUCCUAAACAACCCCAGCAAACACACGAUCAUCGAGCGCUCCAGCACCAGAUCCAGUCUGGCUGAGGUACAGAGUGAAAUCGAGAGAAUCUUUGAGCUGGCCCGGACACUCCAGUUAGUGGCUCUGGAUGCCGACACAAUCAACCAUCCAUCUCAAUUGGCCAAGACGUCACUGGCACCCAUCAUAGUCUACAUCAAGAUUGCCUCUCCAAAGGUGUUGCAGAGGCUGAUAAAGUCCAGGGGUAAAUCUCAGGCCAAACAUCUCAACGUCCAAAUGGUGGCAGCUGAUAAACUUGCACAGUGUCCUCCUGAGCUUUUUGACAUAAUAUUAGAUGAGAAUCAGCUGGAGGAUGCAUGUGAACACCUGGCUGAAUACCUGGAGGCCUACUGGAAGGCUACACACCCUCCAAGCAGCAACCCACCCAACCCUCUGCUCAAUCGCACCAUGGCCACGGCCGCCCUGGCAGCUUCGCCCGAACCCGUCUCCAACUUGCAGGGGCCAUUCCUGGUGCAUGGAGAACAGAAGAGGGAAGGGCCUGAACGUGGCAGUCUCCAAGACUACCAGAGUGACCUGAGUGGCAAGCAGCCGCUGCGUUCUUCACGCAGCCAGUUGCAAACCGGAGGCCGAGGUCUGUCGCGGCAGGAUACAUUUGAUUCUGAGACCCAGGGCAGCCGCGAUUCCGCCUACACCGACGACAUGGAGACCGACCCGUACGAGGAGCCGGACCCGUGCCGCUCUUACCGUCUAAACCCCGCCCACCACGCUCCUCGCCAGGCCUCCUGGGAGGAUGAAGGGGCAGAGCCUGACCAGGAGAACCUCAACAUGGUCCCACCACCAGCCAAUCAGCACCAGCGUGGACGAGGCAAGCUGAGGGAGCGCUACUCUCAAGACGCAGAAGGCGGCGGAGCGACGACAGGCCGCAACCAUAACCAGGAGGAGUGGAGCAGAGAUGUGUACAUUCGCUAGAGCAGGUUUACAUGAGACGAGGGUGAGGAGUUGUUUAGAGCGACACUAAAUAGAAUCUCUAUAGUUGGAUCUGUUUACAACCCAGAGAUACACACAAUCAUUGACUACCGCUGUACAGCUAACACUCACGACAUUCACAUAACGCUAACAAAGCUAUCGGUCAUUACAUAUUUGAGGGUGACCUCAUGUUCUCUUUUUCUCGGCAAGUCUUUCUUCUUGGCCAGGAUUUCUUUUCUUUUUUUAAGUUAUAUUUUUGGGCUUUUUUCUGCCUUUAUUCUGAGAGGACAGUGGAGAGAUGACAGGAAAGUAUUGGGUGGAGAGAGGGGAGUAGGGUCGGCAAAGGACCUCAAGGCAAGAAUCGAACUCAGGUCGCCGUGAGCGCAGUUGCGCUAUAUGUCGACGCACAAACCACGAGGCUAUCGGUUUGGCCAGGAUUUCUAAAUACAGUAAAUAAAAAGGAAAGUACAUUUAUUUUUUAAAUAAAGGCUUGAAUACACUACACAACUUUUAAAAUCUGAACAGAUUUAAAAACACUAAGCGUCAUAGACUUUGUAAAUAGUUACAGAGGAAAAACCAGGCGUUAUAUAUUGGACGACUAAGGAUCACACACUACCAGAUUUUCAAGUCGUUCUGAUCCCAGCAAACUCAGAAACUCACGCAUUGUUGAUAUCGGAGUCUGACUUUAGAAAUCCCAGCCAGGACAUGUCUGGGAAAAUAAGGACGUAUGGUCACCCUAAUUUAGUUUAAAUCUGUUUUUUGAGGAGAAUAAGCAGGAGAACCUUUCUUCAUUUCUAUUUUACUUUUGUAUAGUACUGCAUGACUCCUAAUCAUUAUAAGGUUAGUAACUGUUCUCGCUGAGCAUUAAAUACGAUUCAGAAUGUAUAACCAAAAUCUUGCAAACGUAUGUGUGCGUUCAUAUGGUUCGGUGGUCGGGUGCGUAUGUGUGCGCGCGUGUGCAUCCUCUGUAGUCUUAAAAAGGGUCUUUCUGAUACACAGUAGUCUUGGGAGUGAUCCACCAAUUCGUUUUCCCAGACUACACUACUGCAGAGCGUGCUUUUGUUUCGUAUUUGAUUCUAUUUAUUUUAUUUAUUGUCUCAAAAGGUCUAUCCAGAUUUUAGCCUGCUAAAACCUUUACCGAGCUCCACCGCUGCUGUGUACUCCUCCAAUCCACAAGGGGUGCUGUGGUGCUCACGUGCUAUAGUUUAAUAGGGCUAACGUGCAUCAACAGAUGUUAAUCCAGAUCCACUAGCAGUUCUAAAAGGCUAAUAUGCAAAUAUAAAUAAGACAAUUAAGAGGGUCAAAUUUUAGAACUAAAAGCCCAAAAUGAUUGAGACCACCGCUAAAGUCGAACACAAAUAGCUUUGUGUUGAUUGUAACCGGCUCUGUCCAGUCUUCUGUGCCUGCUCAAGGGCUUUUAGCAUUUGUGCCGCUGGUGUCCCACUGCCAUUGGAAACAUGUUCUGCCUUAUUUGCACGUCAGUCACACAGGCCAACCAAUCACAAGUGCCGUAAUCUCUCAUCAGGCCACUCCCACCAUAAACAUGGUGGGUUGUCUUAACUCAGUGCAACACAUAUAGUUGUUGUUGUUGUGUGAUAGUAGUCUACACUGCAUUUACCUUAUCAUAGCAACAUGUUUGCACUGCUAGCCAUUUGAAGUUUAAACAAGCUGUUUAUUGCAUGACAGUUUAAGGAUUCACUUCACAGGCUGAGAAGCUGAAUACAAACUCAACAGUGACGUACAUACACACAUCCUACUGCCAAACUCAUGCUAAUGCUACUGCUAUUUGUGUUGUUAUCUCUGUGGCCAAUUUCUAAGCCAGGACUGUAUGUGUGUGUGUAUGAAAUGGGAGAAAAUCUGGAGUCUUUACUAUUUUAUGUAACCAGAGCCUUGGUGAAUGUCUUUGAGCCUCUUUUUACCCUCACCUAUGUUUGAAAAGAUCAUCAUGAUGAAAUUCGCUAAAUAUACAAGUAGAUAGCUUACUAAAUAAUGUUAUUGUUGCAUUAUCGCAAUUGUUUCAAAAUAUAAGGAAAACCGACGUAUUCUUUGGUGCCUGAUUGUAGCUCCAUUUUACUUUUUGUUUUUAAUCUGUGGAUAAAUUCAUAUUUUAAUUAAAAAUUUUAAUCUGGAUCAACUUUUCCCUGUGCC